AUGCCGCUAGCCAUCGACUUCCUCCAAUCGCUCAUGUGUCUUUGUACUGACUACACAGAGGUCGACAUUAAUGUCAUCGUGCCGGAUUCAGGCGAGGUCGAUGCGUUCAGGGGGGCUGUGGACAACCUGACGAGCUGCGGGGAUACCUUCAGCAUUUUCCCUGUCCCACCGAAUAACGUGAACGGACCGAAGGCGAAUGUUCAUAUUAUCAACAUGUUUGACAUACUCCCGCCAGUGUUUCAUUCAAUAACGAUCAAGAAAUUGGCGGCAGCCGCGACGCUCGAAUACGACUACGCGCUUUGGCUGGACUCGGAGUCCAUCGUCGUCCAGCCAUUCAGCAUACGCCAGAUGUUCGAUACCUAUGUCGCAGCCACAACGGUAUGGAGAUGGCGCAACACGAACCACGACGUGAUGCGUGACAUGAUGUCGGGCUCGGCCGGUAUGCUGAACCGAACCAUCGAAUCCUUCGGUCCGGCGUUCUGGAACUUGGAGAGCCAGGAGUGGAUAAUCGAGAAGACCGUCAUCGACGACCUCUUCCAGUACGUCGAGAUGGUACACAGCCAGGAUUUUUGGUCGGCGUGGGCUACGCACGGCGCACCGUUCGAGAUCACGCUUUACAACAUGCACAUCCAAUCCCGAAAGCUGGAGACCACCGAUCCCAUGUUUACAAAGUACCGGAUCUUGGAGUCUGAAAUGGAGAUGGAGAAGUACGGCGUGUUAUCGGCGAGCUCGCAAUAUGUCAAGGAGGCUAUGACACAAAUCGGACUGUUGGAACGGAGUUGGCUGUUUCUUCAGGUCCCGGGAGUAGCGCAGAAGCUAUCCAAGAUGUUACGAAACUACAGUUUGCAGCUGUACCGGCUGGACGAUCUCGACAUCGCGCCACCGGAAGUUAUUAACAGGUUCCUCCUCGACACGCCAAUACACUUUCUGUGCUCGGGCGCGCCCCCUUUACAUAGUUGGUGGGAGGGACGAAACAAAUUUGUAUAA